AUGAGGGCAGGAGGUGGAGGCCGAUCCUACAGUGCUGCCUCAGCCAUAAUUCCAAGCAGCAACAGGGCUGGCUUUAGCUCUGUGUCUGUGGCACGAUCGGGAGGAGGAGGAGGUGGCUUUGGGAGGCUCAUUGGAGGAGGUGGCAGCAGAAGUUCUGGCGGUGGUGGAGGUUUUGGCAGCAGGAGCCUUUACAACCUUGGUGGUAGCAAGAGGAUUUCCAUCGGGGUUGGAAGCAGCUUCCGAGCUGCUUUUGGAGGCGGAGCUACUGGUGGCUCUGCUCUGGGAGGUGGCAGUGGAGUGGGAGGUGGAUUUGGUGGUGGUGGAGCUGGUGGUGGGCUUGGGCUGGGGCUUGGUGGUGCAGGUGAAGUGACUGUGAACCAGAGUCUCCUGGCACCACUGAACCUGGAGAUAGAUCCAAACAUCCAACAGGUGCGGAAAGAUGAGAAGGAGCAAAUCAAGACCCUCAACAACAAAUUUGCUUCUUUCAUUGACAAGGUUCGCUUCCUGGAGCAGCAGAACAAGGUGCUGGAGACCAAAUGGACUCUUCUGCAGGAGCAGGGCCAAAAAAACAACUCUGGCAAGAACAACCUGGACCCACUUUUCGAGGCCUAUAUCAACAACCUGCGGCGGCAGUUGGCCAACCUGCUCAAUGAGCGGGGACGCAUGGAUGGGGAGCUGAAGAACAUGCAGGACCUCGUGGAGGACUUCAAGAACAAAUACGAAGAGGAAAUCAACCGGCGUACGGCAGCAGAGAAUGAAUUUGUGGUGCUCAAGAAGGAUGUGGAUGCUGCUUACAUGAACAAGGUGGAGCUGGAGGCCAAGGUGGACGCCCUGAGUGAUGAGCUCAACUUCCUUCGAGCCCUCUAUGAGGCGGAGCUGGCUCAGCUCAGCGCCCAAGUGUCCGACACCGCCGUCAUCCUGUCCAUGGACAACAACCGGGACCUGGACCUGAGCAGCAUCAUUGCAGAGGUCAAAGCUCAGUACGAGGACAUCGCCAACCGGAGCCGGGCUGAGGCCGAGGCUUGGUACCAAACCAAGUUUGAGGAGCUGCAGGCCACAGCUGGGAAACACGGUGAUGACCUGCGCAACACAAAGGGUGAGAUCUCAGAGCUCAACCGGCUCAUCCAAAGGAUCCGCUCCGAGAUAGAGAACACAAGGAACCAGUGUGCCACCCUGCAGACGGCCAUCGGAGACUCUGAGGAGCGUGGGGAGAUGGCCCUCAAGGACGCGAAGGCAAAGAUGAUUGACCUGGAGGAUGCCCUGCAGAAAGCCAAGGCUGACAUGGCUCGGCAGCUCCGGGAAUACCAGGAGCUCAUGAACGUCAAGCUGGCCCUGGACAUUGAGAUCGCAACCUACAGGAAGCUGCUGGAGGGCGAGGAGAGCAGGCUCAGCGGGGAGGGACUGAACCCCAUCAGCUAUUCAGUCAUCAGCUCCAGCUCCAGCAUUGCUGGUGGAGCUGGCUUAGGAGGAGGAUUUGGUGGACUGAGCCUGAGUGGAGGAGGAGGCGGAAGUGGUUUCGGCCUCGGAGGAGGUGCUUCAGUCUUGGAGCUGGCAGUGGAGGAGGAGGAGGCUACAGCUUUGGAAGCGGAGGAGGACUUGGACUCGGGGCUGGAGGUGGUCAUGGAGGUGGAUUUGGAGGAGGGAGUGGUCUGGGCACUGCUGGCAGCUACAGCCAUGCAGGAGGUGGCAGCAGCACCCUGA